AUGAAUUUAAUCGAAGUAGGACAUCCUAUCAUGAAACUGAAUGAGGAUUUUAUUUUUAUUUAGAAGAAAUCCCAUCUUGUAGAGCCCAAAUACAUCUAAGAUCACAUUAGUAGUGCAAGUUUUUAACCUUAAUUCUGCUACAAUAUAGUAGCUCACUUCAAGCACACUAACAAUGAUUUUUAUGUAAUCCUCUACAAAAAAGGUGGGUCGGGUAAAGAGAGAUCCCGCGCUUUAUAAAGAGAUUCUAAAACUAAGAGAGAGAGAGAAGAGAUUCAAACAAGUUUUUAAAAAUAAUAAUUUUAAAUUUUAAUGAAUUUUAAUAAUUUUAAAUAAUUUUAAAACGCGAGAUGUGUGAUGUGA